AUGGCGACCACACACACCCUCUUAGCUGCGACGACCCAGCAUCGAUAUCUGCAGGUCACGCCCCUUCCCCUGCAAUGCCCCGCCCGCCCGAGUGUCACGCCGCCCUCCGCCCCAGAGCUUCCCUCCGGCCGGUGUCGGCGAGUCGGCGGCGGUGCCAACUGCGCUCGCCGCGGCACUGUGGACGGCGACCCGACGUGCGUGAGCUGGGCCACCUGUCAGAUCAGCGGCGAGGACGAUCUGCUGGUGCUUGGCCUGAGCGACGGCGCAAUCAACGUGUUCCUCCUGCACUCAUCCCCUAAGGAUCCCCGGGAAAAGCUCUCCCUCGUGCAGGUCGAGCGGCCACACGAGUCCCCCGUCGCUCUCAUCGCUACGAGAUUAAAGAAAACGGCUGCAAUUGAAAAAGAAAACGGGAAAGAUGAAAAUGCAGGGGAAGCUCCUCUAUUAGUAACAGCCGGAGAGGAUUCCAGGCUGUUCAUUUUCCGCCUCGUACGAGUAGGGAAAGUAACCAAACUUGAGCCUGUUGGGUAUUACCAGCUGCUUGACAUUCCGGAAAGAAUUAAGAUUAAGUCUGACGUGAUUCACGUAGAAACGAGCACAGGCGUUGUGUUCGAGGUGACCGCUGACCUGACCUCGACCUCGCGCCCUUCGCCCGAGUCCUGGCGUCUUCACCAUCACUCGAGCCCCCGGGAGGUGUGGCAGACGGACACCGCCGUUAAGAGGCAACUGCUGGAGGAGGUGACGGAGUCCUACUGCGCUCCUGACGCUGUGGUGCUCGCUGUGCCGACACCGGACGGAGAAACCAUCGUGGGCGUGACGACCAGAGGAGACGUCGUGCACCUCCAUCUGUCUCAGACGAAGUCCUACAGCGUCAGACUCGCCCGAAGGCAGCCCUGUCCAGCUCCUUCGAUGUCCCGCUCCCCCGACGCUUGUCCUGCCCCCGGAGACCCGUGUGACGUGCAGAUUUCUGAUCAACGUUUUGAUAUUCUCAUCCUCAUCACAAUACAAUUAGGAGACAUCUCGAGAACCGUUCAGUCACUCGUACUUUCAUUCAAAUAUUUGGAUUUGUACAUUUGA